UCUCUCUCUCUAUCUCCGUUUCGUUUCUGACCGGACGUUACGUAGGCGCGCGCGUGCACACACACACACACACACACACACAAACCGCGCGCGCGCGCAUCUGCGGGGCUCGGACCUGCGGUCGGAGAGAAACGGAAGAGCCGGGGAUCCGCGCGCGAGCCCGACCAUGAUGAAGAUGAUGUUGGUGAGUGGAGGUUCUAUCGUUAACGCCGAGGCGGUAUGGGAUCAUGUGACCAUGGCGGACCGCGAGUUGGCCUUUAAGGCCGGUGAUGUCAUCAAAGUGCUGGACUCAUCCAAUAGGGACUGGUGGUGGGGGCAGAUUGACGAGGAGGAGGGCUGGUUUCCUGCCAGCUUUGUUCGGGUGGACCCGAACUCCACCCAGCCUCCACCCAAGCAGCAACUUUUAUACAUCAACCCUGUCGUCGCCCCACUGAAGCUAUGGGCAAACCAAGAGGAGACGGUGUUGGUGGAUCCAGCAGAGGGCGGUAGCGAGGUUCAGAACGGCCAUGCCGAGGCGAGUCCGAACCCGAGCAGCGACUGUGUGUGUUUGAGCCAGACAGUGCAGAACCGGGACCAGAUGAGGGCGAACGUCAUCAACGAGAUCAUGAGCACAGAGAGACAUUACAUCAAACACCUCAAGGACAUAUGUGAGGGUUAUCUGAAGCAGUGCAAAAAGAGGCGAGACAUGUUUAACGAUGACCAGCUGAAGGUGAUAUUCGGGAACAUCGAGGACAUUUACAGGUUCCAACUCGGCUUCGUUAGAGAUCUGGAGAAACAGUUUAACACAGAAGAGCCGCAUCUGAGUGAGAUCGGACCCUGCUUCCUCGAACAUCAAGACGGUUUCUGGAUCUAUUCCGAGUACUGUAACAACCACGUCGAUGCGUGUAUGGAACUCACGCGCCUCAUGAGAGACGGGAGGUACCAGAAUUUCUUCGAAGCAUGCCGGUUGGUCCAGCAGAUGAUAGACAUCGCCAUUGACGGCUUUUUGUUAACUCCGGUCCAGAAGAUUUGCAAAUAUCCACUACAGCUAGCAGAAUUGCUGAAAUAUACCGUACAAGAGCACAGUGAUUACCGGUAUGUUGCUGCAGCGUUGGCCGUCAUGAGAAAUGUAACCCAGCAGAUUAAUGAAAGGAAACGAAGACUGGAGAACAUCGACAAAAUUGCUCAGUGGCAGGCGUCCGUACUGGACUGGGAGGGUGAGGAUGUCCUGGAUAGGAGCUCUGAGCUGGUGUACACCGGAGAGCUGUCCUGGAUCUAUCAGCCUUAUGGGAGGAGUCAAACACGCGUCUUCUUCCUGUUUGACCAUCAGAUGGUCAUCUGCAAGAAGGACUUGAUUCGACGUGAUAUCCUUUAUUAUAAAGGACGAAUCGAUAUGGAUCGCUAUGAAGUCAUGGACGCUAUAGACGGCCGAGAUGACGAUUUUAAUGUCAGCGUGAAAAACGCCUUCAAACUGAGCAACAAAGACUCGGACGAAAUACAUAUUUUCCUCGCCAAGAAGCUGGAGGAGAAGAUCCGCUGGCUGCGAGCGUUUCAGGAAGAGCGCAAGAUGGUGCAGGAGGACGAGAAGAUCGGGUUUGAGAUUUCGGAGUAUCAGAAGCGGCAGGCGGCUCUCACGGUGAGGAGAGUAACCAAACAGAAAGGUGUGGGACGAUCAGCCCCGCCCUCCUACCCUCCCCCUCUCGAUCCCGCCAACCCGGGACACUUCCUCCUCCCAGAUGGAUAUGAGUACGAACCCAAACGCAGCACGUCACCUUUUUGGCACAACAUCAGCCGCUUAGCGCCCUUUAAGAAAUAGCCACCGAGUGAAAGCGACCUUUCAGCCAGCGCAACCACCAACACCACCAACAACAACAAAAAACAAAAAAAAACUGUCUAACGUAAGGAAAAAAGAAGAAGCACUACCCUACGAAAAGAAAAAUCACCAUCGAGCGUAAAAACACGGACUGCUGCGAUUUUCUGCAACAAUCAAACAUUCAAAAAAUAAGAAGAAGCACUAUCCUAAAUAUGUUUUUUAAAAUUAAUAUUAGGAGAAGAGACUCAACAUACACACACACACACACACACACACACAAACAGUUGGAGAGAAGCAGCUGUACUGGGUUACAGCGCCCCCUGUCGGACUGGCUGCACUGACCUGUAUACAUAUGACAUACAGUAUUACACUCUGGAGAAACACACACACACACACACACACACACACACACAAACACACUGUAACGGUUAUACACAGUUGUGCAUUCUUUUGGAACCCGACCCACAAGCCCUGCGUCGCUCCAUCCUUCGUCUGAUGGGAUUUUCGAUAAGUGUUUUGUUUCCCUUUCUCUUCAAACGAAUGAUAAAUCAUUUCCACAUUUUUGGAAGAAGAAAAAAAAAAGAAA